AUGUCUCUGUCACAGCCGGGGUCGGCAGAAAACACCAUUCGGAAAAUUGACAUCGCACAGGUUUCGCUCAGUCUGCAAGAUCGAUUGGGCCUCGCAAAACUCAAGUACCAGCAUGGUCGACUGCAUGGCCUGAACCCGAACCAGCAGGAGAGCAAGCCCGCUCUCGACAAUGACAAGCCAUCCGAUUCCUCCUCCGAGUUCUCGCGCAGCCGCUGCGAGACUCCUUUCACCUCUCCUCCCCUCCGGGCCUCGACCUACUCCAAGGAACUCCCUCGAUCCGCCCGUAAUAAACAUGCGGCCACCUUCAACUCCCGCGUCAUGCAGCCGAUGCUCUCUGCCAGUCGCAAGCGUGUUCGUUCGGAUUCCGACUCGGAACGCCCUGCCAAGGCUCCUCGGUCCUCAUGGAAGAGUUCUUACCGGCUGCCUGAAUCCUCCCCCGGCAUGAACCGACCCCUCGCCAAUCGACGGCCCCAGACUUCUUUCAUGUCGGAAGCUACGAUCCCUGAACUGUCCUCCCCGAUAUACAACCGACCCUCCGAGGAGAUUGACCCCGACUUGCCCUUGCAUAGCUUCCAAAAUGUGAGCUCCAUGGUGGGCUCCUCCCCUCCGCGAACCCCUCCGCCGAAACACAUGCGUCUCUCUCAUGGCCACCACCAAACAAAUGAGGACGGCGCCGAUCUGCUGCUCUACCUGGCCAACUCGCCGACCCCUGCACGGGUCGCGAGGGGCAACGGAAACCAAGGCUUCCCACCGUCCACUCCCCCCAGCCAGCACACGGUCCUUCCUGGCAUGACUCCCACCCUCGGUGGAGGCAUGUUUGCCAACAUGAGCACCCCGAACCAGCAAUUCAAUUUUGCCGACUUCGUCAACGUGACCCCGAGCCCCGCGCAGCCGGCCUGGGGUGGGCGCACCCCUGGAAAUCCCAUUCGCACACCCCUCGCCAACACAGAUGCCAGGAAGCGAUUGAACUUCGAUGCCCUGGCUCCUCCUAGCUCGUCCAGCAAUCGCCUCCGUGGCAAGGAAACCGGGCUGGCGCUGCAGCUCGGUGGUGAGCUGCACCCUUGA